CCCGAAGUCUGCUUGUGCUUGCAGUCAUUUUUUUACGUGACAAGCCCCAACUUUCGCGGGCACUAAUUAAGGACCAUUUUUCAACCAUAAUUUUUAGCCAUUCUGCUCUCAGAUGAAAGCCCAAAGACCCAGGGAGUUGAUUCUGGCAAAGAUUCACACAAUCUUACCAUCUUAGGGGCUAUACAAUCUUCUUUGUCAAUGGAGCACUGAUGCUGAGGAACUGGCAAGAAAUUUUAAUUUAAUUAGUGGACUGCACCCAUAAUUGCCAAGCUAACGCACACAACACGAGUCAUUCGUAUUGAGUGCAUGUCCUUCACUGGGCUGGUUUGUAGCUCCAUGAUGGUCAGACGGAUGCCAGAACAACCUUGCCUUGAAUUACGCUGAACUGUUCAUGCUCAAUUGAUUAUUUUUUGACCUUGUGGCAUGACUGUGUACACUGUACAUGUACGUACGGAGAAUAUGUACGUGCCGCUAGACACGUCAAAAUUUGUAUUCCACAAUGGAAGAAGACAUCUCGACACUCCCCUCAUCAGGUUUCGGGAUUUCAUGGUGGUACUGCAUCGGCACUGCGGCUGCCUUGUUGGUUGGGUACAAUGUUUGGUACUACACUCAAUUCAUUAGGAGUGGGAUUCCCGGACCUUUACCCAUACCAUUCUACGCAAACAUCAAAAGGUCAAAGGAGGCAUUCUACAUCUGUGAACAGAAGUGGGUUGCAAAAUAUGGAAAAGUGAUGGGCUUCUUCUCAGUUGGGGGACCGACACUCUUGAUAGCUGAUGUGAAGAUGAUCAAGCAACUUCUCGUGAAGAAUUUCAGCAGCUUUCUGAAUCGAGGGGCCUCUCAAUUUGUCCAGUCUGACCGACUGAGAAAGAUGCUGAUAGGCCUGCGGGGUGACCAGUGGAGGAGCACGCGGCACACGAUCCUACCAAUGUUCACAGCGUCCAAGAUCAAACUGAUGGCACAUACGCUGAAUGAGUGCACUGAAGCAGUUAUUCUACAGAAGCUACGGGAAAGCACAAAGGAUGGACAGACGGUAGAAAUAAAGGAGUUGUAUGGUGCAUUCAGCAUCUGCUGCAUAGGUGUGGCUGGCUUUGGCCUCCAACUCCAUAGCCAUUCGGAGGACGACGAGAGCCUUACCCUGGCGGCUUUUGAGAAGAAUGCCAAGGACUUCUUCUCGCGCCUGAAAUCCACCAAGUGGCUGCUGAUAGAGAUUCUCCAGAAAUACAUACCUUAUGCCAUCAUCAGAUAUUUUGACAUUGGCCUGGUGUCUCAAGAGAGUGAGAACUUCUUUUUUGACAUGUCUGCUGACCUCUUUAAAAAGAGAAAAGAAGGACGUAUGCAGGGGGAUUCUGUUGACUUCAUGCAGCCUAUGGUCAAUGCUCACAAAGAUGAAGACGAGGAGGGAUGGUGUCAGAGUUCACCAAUGGAGAUGGGCAUGAAAAAGGUCAAGCUGUCCAUAGAUGAAGUGGUUGCCCAGUGUGUGAUGUUUCUGAUUGCUGGAUACGAGACUACUGCAGCCUGUCUCAUCUUUGCUUCAUACCUGCUAGCCUGUCAUCCAGAUGUCCAAGAGAAAUUAGCCUCUGAGGUCCGAGCAACUAUUGGAGGUUCAGGAUCUCACAAGGUGACCUUUGAGCUGAUCAGCAAGAUGCCGUAUUUGGAUAAGGUGGUGAUCGAAGCCCUGCGACUAUACCCGCCAAUUGCCAGGGUGACUCGCGAAUGUACGAAAGAUACCUCCUUGCAAGGUAUGCGCAUCAGGAAAGGAACAAGAUUCAUUGUGCCCAUCUGGACCAUCCAUCGCGACCCUGAGCUUUGGCCUGACCCCUUGACCUUCAACCCAGACAGGUUUUCAGCUCAAAACAACUGUCUCAACAUGGAUGCAUUCCUGUCCUUUGGUGACGGGCCUCGAUCUUGCCUCGGCAACCGCUUUGCUCUGGCCGAGAUCAAGAUCGCUCUGGCCAGGAUCCUGGCAGAGUUCAAGAUGCAGAUGGCUGAAGACACACCGCAAACUUUGGAACUUGGUAAAGGUGUGUUCUUAUCCCCUCGACACUCUGUGCCCUUGAAGUUUGUGCCUCUGGCUUGAGACGAGCUGCGGUGUGAGGAAAGAAGGGGAAAUGGAUGUCUUUGAGUUUCACAGUAUGUUUAGUGGAUGCCCGUUUUUCUUGAGUACUUGUAGGUCUUGAGUAAAAAUUAAACAACAUUAAGCCCGCCUAUGAGUGGUUGCAUUUGUCAAUGAAGUUUACAUCUGCUGGCCUGAAAGAGAAGCAGACAGGCACUAAACUGACUGAAAACGACCCCACAAGAAAGCUAGCUUUGCAACAACAAAAAAUCUAGGUGGAAGAUCACUGAACUACAUCGAACAAAAACAACACAUAAUGCUUCGUAGUUUCACUCAUCUAUUAAAAACACCUGUGAUGGACUUUUCACCAAAAAGAAUCGAGAAAACGACUGGGGUAUAUGAUGGUUUGCUUGUUUGUUUGUUUAUUAUUGUUUAGCAUACUUGUAUCCUCUGAAAGACUUGGGUUUAAGCGAUAGUCCCUUGAGUGGGUGAGUUUGUACGUGUAAGACAAAAGUUGUCUUUCGUCAAAUAAAGAUAUAAAUCUAUCUGUGGCAACUGGCAUAUGUUAUAUUUUUGUUUUAUAAAUAUUUGGGUUAGCAAUGUAAAAUUCACAGUCGAAAUGUUUUAGGAAAUUUUUUAACUUGAGACAUCGUAUUGUUAGUUAUUGUAGUAUUAAAGAUCGUUAAUGAACUGAAAUGCUUCAAAGAAAGCCGUGCUUUGUGAUUCAAUAUACAAGUGUCAAACCAUUUAAAUAAAAAACAGUACUGAAAUGUAA